AUGACAUCGAACAUUUCUGUUAACCGUUAUUCCGGUAAUAAAGUCAAUAGUUAUAGUAACUACCGGCAAACAACACAAGCCGAUUUUGCUAACAACAGCAAAAGCAGGCCUUCUGCUAAUGAGAAAGGAAAUCUCUGGAAAAGUGAAAAUACAUUUGAUGUAUCUCGUCGUAAUAUUCGGGAACGACUCACCCACUUGUUGGCAUUAAAACCAUUCAGCAAGGAAGAUCUGUAUGCGCGACUGAAAAAGGAAGGAAUUCGAGAUAAUGAGCUCAAGUCCGUUGCUAGCAUACUCAUGGCUAUUGCUCUGCUCCGUUGCCGUAUGUACAGCCUUCGUGAUCACAUGUGGUACUAUGUGAAUGUAAAUUGGCCCUUUUAUACAGAGCAUGAGCGAGAUCAAGUCAAGCAGAAUAUGCCACAAGAUAAGACUCCGCCACACCAUCGGAAUGAUCAAGUCAAGUCACAAGAUAUAACACCACCACACUAUCCGAAUGAUCGAGGCUCAGUUGUGACCCAGAGCCCAACUGAUAACCUUAUUGCUAGUCCCCCACAAGAGACGGACAAUUUGGAGUAUGAAUAUGCACCUCGACCAAAGAAGCAACGAAUAAGUCAUAUGGUCACGAAAACUGCUACAAUUAUCCAUCCUACGAGGACUAAUUCCCUGCAUCAAGUGAAAGACAUUACGAGGAACAACAACGUCGUGCAUAAAUCCAAUAAUGCUGAAAACCAGAAUCCAACUUAUACUUAUAUUGAUACUCCUCCACAACAGACGGACUGUUCGGAGUAUGAAUAUGCACCACGACCAAAGAAGCAACGCAUUAGUCAUUUGGUUACAAAAACUGCUACAGUUACCCAUCCUAUGAUGAGGGAUUCCAUGCAUCAAGUGAAGGACGUUCCGAGGAACAUCAACAUUGUGCAAAAAUCCAUUAAUGAUGAAGAGUCACAACGACAACAAGGUCAGCACCAACGGGACUUUCAAAAGAAGAGUGAGGGUCUAAUAGAAUCAGCAAAAACUCCAGAAAGAAAGAAGCAGAGGAUGUUGGAACUAUUCGGAGAAACCCCUGUAAAUAAAAUCAGCAAUGAGUCUCGGAAUUACCUUCACACCGCUGCAAAUGGCAACACAAAAUUGACAUCUCGUGUAUCUGAGUAUAAAAAUUCAUCCAAGACCGAAAACAACAAAAUAGGCAUGGAAAACUCGCAUAAGAAGCAUAUUACAGACUUACGAGAAAAAUUUCAAUCCCAAAUGGACUUGCCAAAGGAGAGAGAGAAGAGUCAAACAGUGACUGUAUCGCCAGCAACAAGAAAGAGGAAGCGGAUGCUCGAGCUAUUCGGAGAAGAUCCUAUAACUCCAGCAAAAAGAACCACCUGUGAUCAUAAACCCUCCCACAACAAGAAGACACCUACAGACUCUAAUAUACAAACAAUACACCAACGUGAUUUGACAAAGAAAAGCGAUAAUUUUACGAAGUCCGCAACUCCUGCAACACGAAAAAGGCAAAGAAUGAUCGAGAUAUUCGGAGAGGAUUCAGAUUUAGAAUGA